AUGGAUUUCUUAGCUUCCAAAGUCAGCAAAGUGCUUGAGAUCGCUUAUGACCCUAAAGCUUCUCAAAAAGAAGCGUACAUUCGGGCCCAAGUUCGACUGGACAUAGCCAAUCCAGAAAUCGCUAUUAAACCUCUGAAUCUACCAAAGGGGGGAAGAGUGAUCAUUGAAUUUGAGUAUGAGAAGCUGAGGAAACGAUGUUUUCAUUGUCAGCGCUUGACACAUGAACGACCAAGCUGUCCUUUUCUUAAAAACAGGGGCUCUCUUCCAACAGCCACAUACGUUGCAAAGGAUACACGUGAUAAGGAAAAACCUGAAGCUAGUGGUGGGAUCUUGAAGCAAAAGCCUUUACUGAUUGAACAUCCAGUAGUGCCUCCUGGGUUUGCUCCUUUAUUCCCUGAGAUGCCUCUGAUAGAAAGAAACAUGGCCUUGCAGUACAUCUCGCACAGUGAUCCGACGGAGAGACAGGCCAGAAUCACGAGAGUGAAACAAUCUUUUCAACCUGGGUUUGAGGACAAUGUGGGUAGAGCACCGCGCAUAUCCCAUGACAUUAAUAAAGGGAAGGGCCACGUCUUCAACUUCCAAGAACAAGAUCGUCCGGGUAAACGAGCGGCAUUGGCUUCAGAACGUCCAGCCUUCUCAAAGGCUGAUAUAAUACGUGGAAAGGAUCGUGAUGGCUUCCUCCUUGACAACCUGGAGGCCUCCUCGUCUUCUUCUUCCCUCGGUCCAACGGUCUUUCGAGUGGGAACCUAUACAGGUAACUUCUCUACAGGGGCUAAUGAGGCUGUUAAGAAAAGUCGUCGCAGGCCGCAACGCUGGAAACGCAUAUGCAGCCAGCGUCCUACGGGUCAGGUUCAGGCCUUAGACCAUAUUAUUAAAAGAAACAGUCCAGUGGGUGAUGGAGAAGAAUCUACUGCGACUAAUGGUUUGAGUCAGUCUAAGCGAAAGGCUCCUUCGAAUGUUGGAGAUCAUUAUUCAAAAUCUUCAAAACCCCUUCAACCUACGGUGGCUUCCGAUUUGAAGCCGCUGCUUCCCCAAUGA